AUGCCCGAACGUAUAUCCAUACUCAAGGCACUGCAACAAUCAGGCUCCUCCAAACUAAUACAAAGGCUAAACCCAGACCAAACGGUCCCCUCCAUAGCCAAAGCCAUUGAACUCAUAGAGACACAUCAACUAACUGACCCUCAACGAAUAACAGCAUUCCACACACCAAGAUUCGUCUCACCGGGUUCCCACUUCUCAUUCACAACACCAUUCCAAAGACCACAUUACAAACCAUUGCUCGUCGCUACAGACACCCUAAGGGAUGAAUUCCAAUUGGACCCCACUACGGACCCAAACCUUACCAAGAUCCUAAGUGGUGCAAAAGUCUACUACACCGAUACCAUCUUCCCCUAUAGUCUCGCCUAUGCAGGUUACCAAUUCGGGUCCUUCGCGGGACAAUUGGGGGACGGUAGGGUCCAUAAUUUGUUCUCCCUCAACAAUCAAGUUUUCCAAUUGAAAGGUUCAGGAAUCACACCUUUCUCUAGGUUUGCUGAUGGGAAAGCCCUAUUAAGGUCGUCCAUAAGAGAAUUUAUUAUUAGUGGCGCGUUGCACGCCAUGAAUGUGCCCUCCACUAGAGCACUACAAUUGACUUUAUUACCGGGGACAAGAGCACUGAGGGAAGGUGGUAGGAGGGAACCGUGUGCUGUGGUAUGUCGUGUGGCUCCGUCAUGGAUUAGAUUGGGGAGUUUUGAUAUGUUCAAAUGGAGACCUCAUUUGCCCGGAUUGGUAAAAUUGACAGAUUAUUGUAUAGAUGAAGUGUUUCAAAGCGGUAAGGAUUUCCCUCGGGAAUUGAAUUGGAAUAGAUUUGAUAGAGAUUAUUUCCCGGAUGAAGAGGGGCAAGCAAGUGCUUCGUGUUCUUUGCCCUUAGAUGACGUUUCCCAGUAUGAUUUAUUUUUUAGACAUGUGGUUAAUUUGAACGCUAAUACGGUGGCCUUUUGGCAAGCUUAUGGGUUUUGUAAUGGCGUGUUAAACACAGAUAAUACGUCCAUUAUGGGACUUUCAAUGGAUUUCGGACCCUUUAGCUUUAUGGAUAUCUUUGAUCCCGACUUCACACCAAAUCAUGAUGAUUUUACUAAAAGAUACUCGUUUGCUAAUCAACCGGGGGUCAUUUGGUGGAAUUUAUUACAAUUCGCUCAGGAUAUUGCUAUAUUAUUGGGGGCAGGAACUGAACAUUUGGAAAAAGUGGUGACGUUGAAACAAGAAGACAUUAAUGCAUUGGAAAAUCAGUACGAGGAGAAAUUUGUCAAGAGGGUUAACAAGGUUAUUAAACUGGCAUCAAGUGAAUAUAAAUUUAGGUUCACUACAAAGUAUGCACAAUUAAUGAGUGAAAGACUAGGUAUUGAUCUUAAAUUGUUACCAGAACGACUUGAUGAUGAGACAGAUUUGGAACAACUUAGUGAAAAAAUUAGAGAGUUUUGUAGUGUCAUUGUGGAACCAUUAUUACAAAUAUUACAAAGUACAAAAGUGGAUUAUAAUCAUUUCUUUGUCAAUUUACAGGAUUACCAAGGUAAUUUUUUCGAUUCAUCAUCUAAUUCUAUAGAUGGACUAGAUGAAUUAUACAUUUCCCUUUUCUUUAAGGAUGAACAAUUAAAAAAAUUGAUUGAGUAUUAUCAAGUGGAAAAUAAAAAAUACCAAUCCCAAUCUGAUGGUGAAAUACGUCAAGUAUUAUCCCUCUUUAACGAUUUGAAAGAAUGGACAAAGAUAUACAAAGAAUUCAUACCCAUUGACUAUGAAACCAGGAGAACUAUUUCCAGCAAAGUGAACCCUUUAUUCAUUCCAAGAAGUUGGAUAUUCAAUGAAGUAAUUGAUGACUUAACACAAAGGCAGGCAGAUAAAUUGAAUGAUACGGAUGCCGACUUGGAUCUUUCACUCUUGAACAAAAUGUACUUAAUGAGCACACACCCAUAUGAUCCCACGAAAUGGGACCAGACCUUACGUCCCGAACUGGAGGAUCGUUGGGCAAAUUUGAAACAUACGACCAGUAAACAGGAUGAAGAAAGGUAUAUGAAACAACUGACCUGUUCCUCUUAG